AUGGGGCUCGGGCGGCUGUCGCCUUUUGCCAGAUGUUGCUCUCGGGCAUUUUUACAGCUCCGGGCGGGAGGAGAGGGGGUGAGGCAGCGGCGGUGCCUUUCUUCCGGCUCUCCGACAUCUGCUUCUCAUUGGAGCAAGGUGGUUUCUGAUGCUGAGAAAAUUGUGGGCUAUCCGACCUCCUUCAUGAGCCUCCGCUGCCUUCUGAGCGACGAGCUCAGCAACAUCGCCAUGCAGGUGCGCAAGUUGGUGGGGACCAAGCACCCGUUGCUCAACACUGCCAGAAGUUUUGUAUAUGAUAGCAGAAACAAUCUGCAGACUCGAGGUCUGGUGGUUUUACUUAUUUCUAAGGCAGCUGGGCCCAGCAAUGCAGCAGACAUCUCUCUCCAGAAAGACAUGAUCAGUGGGAUAUACUCUAGCCAACGAAGUCUGGCAGAGGUUACAGAGUUGAUCCACACGGCUUUCUUGGUACAUCGUGGGAUAGUAAAUGUUGGUGAACUGACGUCCUUGGAUGGCCCAUUGAAGGAUAUGCAGUUUGGGAAUAAAAUGGCUAUCCUGAGUGGUGAUUUUCUUCUAGCAAAUGCUUGUACAGGCCUAGCUCAGCUGCACAAUACGAAGGUCGUAGAGAUCAUGUCAAGUGCCAUUGGUGAAUUAGUACAAGGGAUAUAUUAUGAAAAUUCUAACUUAGCAAAGGAAAGUGGUCUCACAGAUGACAUUGGCAUAUCAACUUGGGAAGAACAAAUUUUCCUAUCCCAUAGUGCCUUGCUAGCAAAGAGCUGCCAAGCUGCAAUGGAGUUGGCAAAGCAUGAUGCAGGGAUCCAGAAUAUGGCAUUUAAGUAUGGAAAGCACAUGUCUAUGAGUCACAAGCUAAAUGUCGACAUUCAGCCAUUUGUUAAAGAAAAUAGUACUGGUACAGUGGCCUUCAGUUUAAAUUCUGCUCCUGUAGUCUUGCAUCAGGAGCUCAUUGGAAGAGAAGCCUGGAUGAAGCAGAUUAGAGAGGUGCAGAUUAAAGAAAGUUUACUAGACUAUACCAAGUUGCAAGAUGCAAUCAAGGCUGGCAAAGGUGUGACUUCAGCUAUUGACCUGUGUCGUUUCCAUGGAAACAGAGCACUGGAGGCUCUGGAGUGCUUCCCUCCCUCUGAGGCCAGAUCUGCUUUAAAAAACAUUGUUUACGCUGUGACAAGAUUUUCGUGAUGCACAGUUGGGAAAAAAAAGACAUUAUUGU